CAUACAGCUACUCCAAGCCGCCGCUGCUCACCACAAACCUCUCCUCGCGCACGGCUGCCCACACCCCACCACACACCUCUCCUCACACCACGACCACACACUCGACUCCGUCAUGAGCGGGGAGCUGGGUGCUGCUCCUCCUCCUUCCAGGUUAGAUGGCACUACGGUGCCGUCAAAGGAACAGGAUCGCACGGCAACGUACAUUGCGCUGUACAUGACCAGCGCGGUCUGCGCCAUUGUGCUGGCGCUCAUGGCGGAGCUUCGGUCGUGGGUGUCCCUGAUCCUGCUUGUCAACGCGCUCCUGUACUUGAACCUGGGCGGCGUGGUCGCUGGCUCGACUGCCCGGCGUGUGCGGUACCUGGACCCAGCCUUCCCCAAACGAAACAUGCUCACGCUGUUUCUCGUUGGCGCCUUGCAAGUGGUCCACUGGAGGACGUGCAGCCACUUGUUCUACCACACCCACGUGAAGCUGUGGCUGCUGGAUGCCGUGGAAGCUACCUGCGUCACCUUGUACUUUCUGUACGUUCUCUGGCGCGCCCGAAGCCCUCGCUUCAACAUCCGCAUCCUUGGCGGGUUCCUCCUCGUUUCCAUGCUGGCUGUGAGCACCGCCGCCACCUACAAGCACGCCACGCGCAAGAUGCAACACACGCACAUUCGCAAUGACUGGCGCUUGCUCUACGUCUGCAUCGUGCAACUCGUCCACGCCACUCUCCUCUUCUUUGGCACCCGCCGCUUUCAGGCAUGGUUCUUGCAGGCGGUUGCCAUGCCAUUCUACAUCCUCCUCGGCGUCUGCGCAGGUCACAGGCGCUUUAAGUUCUAAACACCUGCGCACACUGUUCGAGCUGCUGUUUUACAUGACAACACAUUCACACAACACUCAGUCACGCACACUCUCACGCACACAAACAACCAACACAACUCGUUUUCUCGCUCUCGCACACACACACACACGCACACAUCUUUGCUCUUCUGCGAGCAACAGUUGUCUUACCGCCAUCAGCUGUUGUCAGUGCCCUCAUUCUCACUGUUCUGCUCUAUAUCCCACAGCGUUUGCUGGUCAAGCGCAUUGCCGUUCCCGUUGUUACACUUUUGCACAUGCAUUGCUGGUAGGCUUCAU